AUUUUUAUUAAUUAUAUGAACUAGAUCGCGUAUGUCGCUGGUUGUCAUAAAUUAUCUGCGUCAUCUUUAGAUAUUUGCAGAUGAGAUUUUUAUAAGUGAUUUUAGCGAAUCUUUAAUUUUCUUCUGUUGUGUCUAAUUCAUAAAAAUUAAGGUUAAUCUUACAUCAUAAAAAUGACUUUAAUCGAGGGUGUUGGAGAUGAAGUGACAGAUUUUUUUAUAGUUGUGGCUGUUCUCUUAAUAGGAUGGCUUGCAUGGUAUUCUACAAGUAUUACAGAUCAACCAUUAAUCCGCACAGUACUUGUAUUACGUCGAACACGCACACGUCUUGCUGAACUUAGAGCUAAUCAUCAAAAUGCAAGCUCAUUUACACGACCUCCAAAUUUGGAGGUAACUGAAGAAGAAACAAUAGAACCAAUUGCAGAUGAUAAUAAUAGCAAUUCACAAGCUUGUCCUGAACCAUCUAUUGCAGACACAAAUGAAGAAAUUUCUCCUGACACACAUAGAACAUCUGAAGCAACAGCUACAGAGGAAGUACUUAUUGAAGCUAUGGAUUCAUUUAAUAAUGAUUGUGCAACAAAAUUACAAAAACAAACCAAAUUAAGUUCUUCUAAAGAAACAAGUAUAUCAACAUCAACAUGUAAUGAUUCUAUAGAACAUGAACGUGAAACUCUUUCAACAACAGAUGCUAAUGAAAUUAGUAUCAAGCUUAAGUUUAUAAAUGAUGAUCAAAAAAUGGUUACUGGUAGCUUAAAAGAAUUGCUUGGAGAUUUUAAAAGGAGGCAUUUUCAAACAGAGCUAGAUGCACAAAAAUUAGUGCGUUUAGUUUUUAAUGGUCGAGUACUGCAGCCUGACAAUCAAACGUUGGAAAGAUGUGGCUUAUAUAAUAAUUGUGUAGUUCAUUGUUUGGUUCAUCAACCACGACCAAAUCCUGUAUCAUCUCAAACAUCAACAUUAGAUAAUUCAUCACCAAUUUAUUUUAACCCUCAAUCAUUUUCUGAUAUUCCUGUUGGCACAGGAAUUAGUUCUGUGCAUAAUGAAUGGGAUUUGAGUAGACCAUUAGUGGUCAUUUUGACUGUCAUGUUAGGUUUCGCUUGGUAUUCCCGAUAUCAUUAUGCUCAAUUUUUUACCGCGAGUACAACUCUCGCAUUAUAUGCACUUACUGCAAUUUUCGCAAUGUCAGUAGCUUUAAUAUUAUGUCAUUAGUUAGUAAUUUUUUUUUCAAUCAACAAUGCAACAUCAGAAAUAUUGCGUGAAUUUAUAGCAAAGAAACAGUUAAAGACAUUAUUUUGAAAUAUGAUUUUGUAAACAUUAAUGUGUGUUUUCAGUGUAACAUCAUUUAAACACAUUGGUUCCUGACAUAAAAGAGAACGUGAAGGGUUAUUGUGAUUUUUAUCAAUGUAUAAAGGAAUUCAUAUGAAUAAUAUAUCAAGUAUACUUA